GGGACAUCCCCGCAUUCAAGAAAGAUGCGGAGAGGAGUUACAUCAGAACAAUGGUUUGACAAGAGGUUAAUCUAACCUCCAUGAUAGGGUUGGAACAAUCGGCAGAUCCAUUGUCAUCCAUGCUCGACUAUCCAUGGACAAUAGAGGGGUAGAGAGGGGAAGCUUUGGUGGCGUGUUACAUUGGUUAUCCCCCUCCAAACCUCCAUCUCGUGGCAUAAAAGCCACCCAUCCUGCUCAGUGUCCAGCUUGUCUGCACGAUGAUCACUAACUCCAGUCAGACACCUGAAUCAUUGCUUCAGACAUGGACUUUAUAAAGAGAAUUCUACCCUCUGCGGUGUCAUCCACAGGCGUGAGCAAAAGCGUCAGCAAUCUGAGAUCCCUGAUUGAGGGCGAUGCCAGGCUCUAUGCGCUAUGCUCGCAAAUGUUCAGGGAAGCCGCUCCCGGAAAUCCGACUGUCCCUAACAACAUCGCCACCUUCAUUGUACAAUUGAACACUCUUAUUCAAAGCCCGCCCACAUUCUCUAACAAGCGCUGGGCGAGCAGCCCCUUGACCAAGUUCAUUGAACCAUACGUCCGCACGUCGUCGGGAUACAAUUUCUUCGUCCACGAAAAGGUCAACGAUGCUUUCCAUAAGAUUCUGAAGGAUUGGAGCGACUACCUUUGGUCCUCGGAGUCAGCGGUUGUUCUGACCGACGAGCCGAAUGGCUGGUUCAGCCCCGAAGCGUUGUCCGCAAUGCCCGAUUUUGAGCAAACUUUCAUUUGUGACCCCGAAAAGCUACACUGGGGCUUCUCGUCCUGGAACGACUUUUUCAAUCGAGAGCUUCGCGCAGGUGCCCGACCGAUCAGCGAACCGAACAAUCAGUCUGUUGUUGUUGCUAGUGUUGACGGAACAGCCUAUAAGAUCGUUACUGACAUCAAAGAGGACGAUGAAUUCUGGAUCAAGGACCAGCCGUACUCGCUGAAGCAUAUGUUCGACGGUGACCCGACCACAAGCGACUUUGUGGCAGGUACCAUCUACCAGGCCUAUAUCGAACCUACUAGCUACCAUCACUGGCAUGCGCCGGUUUCGGGGACGGUCAUUAGGUGUCUCGAGAUCCCGGGGAUGUUCUGUGCUGCACAGCGGGAUAGCUUGAGUCUGGAUGAUUGGGUAGCGGCGUCUCAGGGAUACGCUGCGCACACGGCUACUCGAAACCUGAUCUUCAUUGAGACUACGGACAUGGGAGUUGUCUGCUGCCUAUUUGCGGGGCUGUUGGAACGAGGCUCGUGCGAGACGAGCGUAAAGGCUGGAGAUUAUGUAACCAAGGGCCAGCAGAUUGGUAUGUUCCAUUUUGGAGGAAGCACACAUUGUCUCAUCUUCCGACCAAAUGUCAGGCUGAAUUGGGACGAGAAGCAAUACGUGAAAGUGGGAGAGGCUAUCGGAGUGAGAAAAUGAGUGUCUAGGAAGUCGUACGGUGAACUCCAUUUUUAGC